GUCAAAAACAUUACAAAAUACUAAAAAGCUCUUUCUCUGUCACGGACGCCGUUUACUAUGCAUUAGUAUCAAUCGGAUUUAAAGUGCCACCGGAUUGUAUGCGUCAUCAGCACACUUCUUUAUUGAACUGAUUAUGAUAGCGUCGCGCAACCCAUCACUUUGUGCAGUGCUUAACGGCCGUCUUUAUCUAUUUGAAGAAGAGCUCAUGAACGGAGUGCAGCGGAAUGGUGUGGUAUUUCUGGCCGAACAGGAUGAUUCUUUUGGUCCUUUUAAACUUCUACUUCAUAAAAAAUUACAUUUCGAAAAGCCCGACGAGUCCGAACACUCUCUAGCAACUAAAAGUUACAGCGGCAUCAUUUACGGUACAAGCGGCGAAGUUACACCACUGAACAAUGUUUUCCGUCUUGGUUGCACUCAGCAACUUUGUCCUAUGCAGUUCACUUCGAUGGAGUCAGUUUCCGACUUGUUUCUUCUGACUUUUCGUGGAUCCAUUCUUCAUACAGGAUCAGUGUUUGUAGAAUAUGACAAGGACGAUAUAUCCAUUGUGAAGGAAGAAGAUAAUGGUUGUCUGACCGUCGUAUUGGCCGGGAGCUUGCAUGGUGUUGAAGGUCCAGUGCAAACCGAACCACCCAUCUCCCUGCUCGAUGUGUUCCUCAGACACGCUUAUCGGAAUCGGCCAACAACCUAUACCCUGCCCACUCCGGAAUGCGACACAGCCGUUGUUUACGCAUGGAAGACUUCGAGCGCAACAGCUCAGUCGAUAGUUCAUGUGAGCUCGGUUGGAGGUGACACCAAUUCAUCACUACAGCUUGGUUCCGUCGCUCUUCUCAAAAGUGUCGGCGAUGAGCUUGCAAUCCACCUGUUGGAUCACAUAGAUGCUUGUCGGCUGAUUAUUCUGUGGAGCAAACGAACAACAUCUAUUUGAUCCAGGAAACGGAGUGAGGUCAUCGUACACGUUAGUGAAAAGCGGGCUUUUUCAUUCAUUUUUAUGCAUGCAAAUGAUUGAUCGAUUUGUCAAAUGCCUCGCAUUCAACUUCCACCACUUGCUCAAGUUAGGUCACAUCGUCUAUCUUGUCCUAUGUCAAUUCAUGCAGUCCUUGUUUCACUGCCC